GAAAAGGCGAAAGUCGCUAAUGAAUUUGACAUUUCCUUGUUUUCCUAAGGUCAUUCCUGAUUAGACGGUCGAGCUAAAUUUCUGGCAUUUGCUACCGAUUUGCGGAGGGCCAGUAAUGCUCGCUUGUGCAAUGGCCUUCACCUCGAAUGAUGUGACAAUAAGCAGUGACUCACGGGAACUGUACUUUGAAAAGCACGUCGACUAUAUUGCAAAUCAUGGCAACGACAAGAACGACUACGAAUACUGCAUGACGGAGUUUUUGCGAAUGUCCGGCAUCUAUUGGGGUGUAACGGGGCUCGAUCUGAUGGACAAAUUGGACCGCCUGGAGAAGCAAUCGAUCAUCGAGUUUAUCCGAAAGUGCCAAUGCCCGAUCACGGGUGGGAUCGCUGCGUGCGAUGGGCACGAUCCGCACAUCCUGUACACGCUCAGUGCUGUCCAGAUCCUUGUUAUCUACGAAAGUCUCGAUGCGAUUGACACCCAGACGAUCGCCAAGUACGUCGCGUCGCUACAGCAGCUCGACGGAAGUUUCUUCGGUGACAAGUGGGGUGAAGUGGAUACUCGCUUUUCGUUCUGCGCCGUGGCCAUUCUUAGCUUGAUUAACCGCAUGGAAGUGAUCGAUCUGGAGAAGGCGGUAAACUUUGUCAUGGCAUGCUGCAACGCUGAUGGAGGAUUCGGGUCGAAACCGAGCGCAGAAAGUCACGCUGGGCUGAUUUACUGCUGUGUUGGCUUCCUGUCGAUCACGGAUCAACUGCACCGGCUGGACUGCGAGCGGUUGGCGUGGUGGUUGUGUGAGCGGCAACUACCGAGCGGAGGAUUGAACGGGCGCCCUGAGAAGCUACCGGACGUGUGCUACUCCUGGUGGGUGCUGGCUUCGCUCACCAUCAUCGGUCGGCUGCACUGGAUAAGCGCGGAAAAGUUGGAGCACUUUAUCCUUUCCUGCCAGGACGCGGAAACGGGCGGGUUUGCCGAUCGCACCGGGAACAUGCCCGAUAUUUUUCACACCCUAUUCGGGCUGGGUGCCCUUUCGUUGCUAGGCGACAAACGUUUGAAGCCCGUCAAUCCAACCUUCUGUCUGCCGCAAUACGUAAUCGAGCGGUGCAAUUUGAAACCCAAAGUAAUUGUUUUGUAAACUGUUUCACGCAACAUACACACGAUUAAAGAUGUUUAUUUUACCUCGUU